AUGUCGCAGAUAAGACUAACUGGUGCAAUUUGGAGUCCAGUCGAUGGACAGACACCAAAGAGUAUCCCUGAGUCGGCUGGCCGGCAAACCUACCCGACAUCAGGAGCUCUAGAACCUCGGGGUGAACUUCAUCCCGAUCUUUCAAGAGACGAUUCCCUGAGCAGUAUAUCGGACGUUACCAGACUGCUCAGUUGUGAUGACCUGGCAUCCGUUCCACUCAACAGUGAUGCCUAUUACACCGUCUCAACCCCCUGUUCCUUGCACGUGGUGAACAUCAUCACUUUCCACGUACAAUUCUCUCAUGAAUUGUACCGCUUCUUCAUGUACCGACUGUUGAAGCAUUUCCUGCGGAGUGAAAUGGACACGCUGAGGACCUUCUUCGAUUGGAUUUGGCCAAUCGACACCCAGCACCGUCCCUUGCAGCCAGUCCAGGAACCAAUGCGUCUUGAAACACCUCAGAUCUGUCUCGGACACCUCUUUUCCAAGGAUAUCUAUGGAGACGACGUUGGCAUCCCGCUGUACUAUUUUAAUAUUGUACAAGGCAGGGACAACGCGGUGAAAGUCAUCAUCACCACGUCGAAGGCUGGGGCUGCGGGGGCAGCAUACUAUCAGGCUGUCUGUGGAUUCUCCACCGUGGCGAUCUUCGCCAUCUGUCAAAGAGCAUUGAGAAGAUGUCGAGAGGCAGAUCCCAUCUUCUCAUUCAGGAGAGCUCUGACUGUAUCUGAUGCAGACAGGUUUCUUGACCAAGAUCCAGUACUGGUUCUUUCUUUUCGUUUCUUGGUGCUUCCUCUUGGCUAUGCAGUCCCUGCAUGUCACAGUCUCUUACGCUCCUCCUACCCUUUCUCUUUCUGGUACGACUCCCAACACCAAGUAAAAGCAGAUGAAAUUAACAAACCAUUAACAAACCACAAACAGUGUACAACCAUCUCCAUUAUCCUCGGCGCGUAUGUCACCCAUCUCCAACCCCAACAAAACAAAAACACUAACAAACAAACCAAAAACAGUAUCGCCUGGGCGAGGACUACCACCCUUUACCUCCCCCUCCCAAUUUCCCUUUCAGCAACCACAACAAUUCUACCCAUUUUAACCCCAAUUCUCUUAUUCCUAGCCAGAUUCCUCUCCAACCAAUCCACAACAGGCGCCAACACCCCGACCUUCCGAAACCGCUUCAUAACCUCUGUAAUCUCCUACCUUCUCACAAUCCUCCCAUCCGGCCUUGCAACUCUCGCCCUAACCUAUCUCUUCGCCCCGGACCUUCUAGUCUGCCAGCUAAACAACCAAUGGCAAUCCUACUACCACAACAAGGAUUCGCGCGCCAUACGCGCUAUCCAGGAUAGCUUACAUUGCUGCGGAUUCAGAAGUGUCAAGGAUAGAGCAUGGCCAUUCAAGGACAGGACCCACGACGACGAUGCCUGUGUGGAACAGAUUGGGUAUGCCAGGGCUUGUUUGGGGCCGUGGGAGCAGGAGGAUAAGGGCGCCGCGUGGAUGGUGCUCUGGGCUGCGGUUUUGAUUUUGGUUGUCAAGGUUGGAUGGGGAGAGCAAAUACAAAUCGAUUUAUCAGGAUUUCUGGUGCAGAGGAUCAGGAGGAGGGUGAGGAGCAUGCAAACGCGAAUGGAAAUGUGGGUGAUGAUCGGCCUACUCAUCAGUUGCCGCAGCCGGGCCAGUCGACGCAUGAUGAUGUUUGGAGCCGAUAAGUGA